AUGAAAUUCAAUCUUGUAGCUUUGACAGUGGCAGUUUUUCUUUGUCAUCAAGCAUGUGCCAUUACAGAACGGCAAUUACAAAAUCAAGAUGAAUCAUCACAACAAACAGAAGACCCUCAGCCAAUGAUGGCAGAAGUUCCAGUGAUGGAUGCACCUAAAAUGGUCAGUCCGUCUACAGCGGAAAAGGUGAAUGAUCUUGUGGAUUUGGCAGUGGAAGUCGAACAACCUGAUAUCUCUGAACACAUCCCAGAGGAUGAUCAUUUGACUGACAAUGAAAAGACCAUGGUCUUUAGUUUAUUGGAAGCCUUGGAUGCCAUGGCAGAACAUGCUGAUGUGGAAGAUCAAGAUAAACCCACUGCCGAUGCACUCAAAGGAUUACAAGCCGAUGCCAAUCAACGUCUAUUGAAUGCUGGUUAUGUAUAUCGUACCAUGGGUAAUAAACGUGUCUUAUCGCGUAUCGCUAAUAAUAAUAAUAACAAUAAUGGUAAUCCUGGUAUGCCAAAUGGAAGAACUCAAAAUACGACUGAAUUGGUCCGUGGUAUGUUUGAUAUUGUCCAAACUGCAGCUCGCUUAGGUCCUUUAUUCAGUACUACCACUUCAUUCGGUCGUUAUGGUCGACUUCUCGCCACCGCUGCUCAUAUCGUCGAAGGUAUGCUUGCUCCUAGACAACCUGCUGCUACUCGUGUUUUCCCUCAUUUGCCUAGACUUGGUCACCAUUAA